CACACAAACACACGCACACACGCGCGAGCGCGUGUUUCUUUCCUGCACUUGGACUUGGGCCGCCAUUUGUAACAUUUUACAGCUCCAGCUGUUUUUAAAUAAAAAGUGAUUAAAAACACAGACAUCUAGUUACUCUGCUUUGUGCUAGAGGAUGUAUUAAACUUUCUACUUUGGACACGCACGCACAUACGAACGAACACACACACGGGCUUGGUGUGUUGAAAUUACGGACUUUCAGAUGUGUUCACUUCGCUCCCGAGUGCUUCACAUCCUCUUAUUGAGCAACAAUGGAGCCAAGAGCCCAGGACAGCGGCAGUGGCCUUCUCUCGCUCCACCAGAUCCAAGCUGUCCACUCCUGCAACGAAUACACAGAGAGUCCCAUGACCUGGCCACGCCCACAAAUGCCUGACCCCACCCCAGAGGAAGGUGCUGUGCCUGGUCCAGAUGAUCAAACUCAGGAUUCUUCAAAUUCACCUCAGAGUGCUCAGAGGUCCACUGACACUGGACCAUCCUUGGAGCAUGGGACUGUGGAACACAGUGGUGAAACUGUAGUAAAGGAACAGGCAGAAAAAUGCGAACAGGACGUGGAGAAGGGACUAACUCAGGAGCUCAGCUUCCAGGAAAAUGUUGGCAAAAAUUUGUCAGCAGUAGAGGAACAAACGAACACUGAAUCAAAACAGGAAGUGUUAGACUUGAGUGGAAGUUCUGUCCCAGAACAGACAAGUCUAGGAUCUGUAGGUGAACUAGAUGUUGCAAUACAGGAGCAACCCAAGAGCUGCGACUCAAAACAGGAAGAGACAAAGCUGCUGGGAAAUGCUUCCACAGAUCAAAAGCAUUUAAAAUUGGAGCCAAAACAGGAAAUGACAAAGCAACACAACAGAAAGCACCCAAGCCCAUGUGAUCGCUGCAAUCGCUGCAAGUGCAAGGACUGCACUGCUGCCACGCCUCUUCCAUCUUGCUGGAUGUGUGGGCAUCGCUGCCUGUGCUCAGCCGAAGCACUAGUGGAGUAUACCACAUGUGUGUGCUGCCUUAAAGCGUUGCUCUACCACUGCUCCAGUGAUGAUGAGGACUCCAGUGCUGAUGCCCCGUUUUCCUGUCAGGAGUCCCGACGGUGUACACGAUGGAGUAUGGCAGCAGCCAUGGCAUUCGUCCUGCCGUGCCUACUGUGCUAUGGCCCCGCUCGAGGCUGCCUGGCUCUCUGUCAACUUUGCCAUGACCGCCGGACCCAUUGCAGAUGCAAGAGUCAACAUGUGGCACACCAGUUAUGAUUUUGUUGUUGUUGUUGUUGUUAUCCACAGAUGGAGGUGAGGUUUUUAAUGUUUGUUGUCUGUGUCAAUUUUUUAAUUAACCUAUGUGGCCAUGUGACUUAUACUUUUUUAGUUAAGACUUAAUAUUAUUCAGUUGUCACUCGUUAUUUUUAACUUAUUUGUGAUUGUUAAUGACUUUCAGCACUGUAGAUUAAGCUUGUUUUCUUGUUCGUUUUUUGCUGACACAAUGUAGUUUUGACACUGUAAUGGGAAGCAGUGAAACUCAGUGGUUCCCUUUGACACAUGACUGGUUAUUUUUAACUCAGGAAUUUUUUUUUUUUUUUUAUUUAUUCUAUUUGCCUCUUGAAUCUAAUGUUUUUUAAUUCAGAGAUGUGAAUCUUUUUAAGGGUUUGCAUUUUGCUGGUUUAUUCAUUUUUUUUAAGCUAAAGUAAAAGUACCAGCAAUAUAUAAAUAUAUAACCAGUAAAUAUAACCAGCAAUAACGAAUUUUACACAUUUUACAAAUUACACCUAUUGGUAAAUUAGUGAUUUGAUAAUGUUCUUAGAGAUGGCUUUAUUUUUUAUAAAUUUGAGCUGUGAAAGUGUCAUGUCUUACCUGGAAUCCUCAACAGAUCUUUAUAUAUACCACAUUUCUGGUGCAUUUCUAUUUGUAAAAUUGUACAGUGGAUUUUUAUUUUAUUUUUAAGGAUUUUUUUUGCAAACAAAUAUUUAUUUUACAGAGAAACAAGUCAUACUAACAUCGAGAAAUAUAAAUGGUGUAAAUAAUGCAAAUAAGAUUGGCAUUUGUAAAACUUAUAUUCAUAUAGUGAAUAUAAAAAAUAUUAACAUUGUUUAAAUUGAACCACUUUGUUUUCUCAAGAUCCUUUUCUUUUGCUGCUUUCUUAACAUAUAAUUAAAAGGAUGGAUUGUGGAGUAUAGUUGCAUUUUGUUGCUGAGAUUACCUCUUGGGUCAGGUUUCAGAGAACAAAAUAGCCAAUAAAACACUUGGUACAUGCACAGCCACACAUAUGAACACUGUGGUGGUUUUAUCUCUUAUUACUAACUGAUUCACAUUGAUGUGAGUUAUGGAAAAUAAAACAGUUGUGAUCUGCUUUAAUUGA